UCCGUUUGAAAAACGGUUGAUCUGCAACAGCGCACUCUAGCGGAAGUUACUGCAUCUUCAGCAGGACAGAGAAGAAAGCUGAAGCGGGAUACUGUGCGGAUGCCAUUCGAAAGGAGAUUUUACCGAAGAUGGCCUCGCCAAGAACAAUAACCAUUGUUGCCCUGUCCUUUGCGUUGGGUCUCUUUUUCGUGUUCAUGGGCACAAUUAAACUCACCCCCAGGUUAAGCAAAGAUGCAUAUAGUGAAAUGAAACGAGCGUAUAAGAGUUAUGCCAAGGCCCUUCCGGCACUUAAAAAGAUGGGCAUUUCUUCUGUGCUUCUACGCAAGAUUAUUGGUACUCUUGAGGUGGCAUGUGGAGUGGUUCUGACCCUUGUGCCAGGAAGACCAAAAGACGUGGCCAACUUUAUUCUGCUGCUGGUCAUGCUGGCCGUGCUUUUUUUCCACCAGUUGGUUGGAGACCCCCUAAAACGCUAUGCCCAUGCCCUGGUAUUUGGUAUUUUGCUUACUUGCCGGCUGCUUAUUGCCCGUCAAGGUGAGGACCGGCCUGAGAGAGAGGAGAGACGAGAGGAGCAGAUCAAUGCCCAGGAAAAAAACAAAGUCAAAAUUUCUUAGCUCCACAAAGCGCCGGCAGCAUCCCCAUGUGUUUCUCUGGAUAAUAAAGAAGGUGCUUGGAUAAACAGACGGUGGUCCCAAGAGGUGAUUUCUGACCUUCACCUUCAUAUCAAAAGCCCAAAAACCAGUUUUUACUGUAAUUUACUCUUACCUCAUGUUUUCUGACUUAAAUCCUGAACACACCUUGGACAAUCACCGUUCUGGCAACUAUUCUGGUUGCGGUUCUGCAGCAAAACAUAAAACUACUCCUAUUACCUGCUGUCAUUUUUAUCCCCUGCUUAAACAAUAUUCUAAGAAAUACCACUUUUAAGAUAAUACUGUGAUACAGAACUUCAAAUGCUGUCAUUUUUGUGAUAUUUUAUGGUCAAAACCAGUUGUGUUUACAUUAAAGGUUUUUAUUGAUUAAAAUGCUGUACAUUCAAUGGUUAUCAUUUAACAAUGUUAAGUGUCACACAAGAAAAGUAAACACGAUUUUACCUCACCCGUUGAAUUAGAUGGCAGGCCUUCACCAUAUCCGCAUAUUAAAAACACUGAAUUUGAAGUACCUUAUAUAUAUUAAAGUUCUUCAUGUUAUUUAUCUGUUAUUUAUAGUUUUUUUCUAAAUAUUACUACUGUAAUUGUUAUUUUGUACAUUUACAUGAGAGCAUUUCAGAAGUUUUGUCUCUUUAUUUCUUGCCAAUUUUGUUUUUCUAGCUGACACUUGAAAUAGAUUGUCCAAUAAAGAAAUUAUCCUUUGAACCUAA